CGUUUCCAAACGAGCUGUCAUAUUUCCCAGCAAAAAGCAAAAACGUUUGUCGUUGAGUUAAGAUUGUAUUUCUCUCAAGUCGUGCAGCUUUGAUAUUUAACCGUGCUGGAGGUUCGGAGUGCUGCGUUUACAAAUAGUGGCUACAAUGAGGCCCCGAUCAAUGGGGGUUGAUCUUUAACCGUUUGCCGUGCGACAACCAAUCUUUGACUUUCAGGAAUUCCGCCAUCUGCGCUCAGUCGCGCCUUUUUUUGGACAAGACGCCAGCUUUUUUUGUUUUGUUUUUUUUACUUAUUUUUUUUAUACACUAAUUUAAAUUUAAGCUACGUUUCGUUAGGAGAUGGAUCUUCGCUUGACACUCCUCUUCAUCUGUCUCUACAACCAAGGAGUGACUAAUGCUGAGGUGGCAGGAGAAGAGUCGACCCCAUCGCUGCCCCUGAAUCCCAGCCAAAAGGUAAACGAAAGCACGCCAGAGCCGAGUCUGUCAACCGCCGGACCCGACGAGGAGGACUCGGAGGAGGACGAGGGCUGCGCGGUCAUCGGCCGCAACUCGGAGACCAGCGAUGCUGUCGCCGCCGCCGUUCAGAAGUUGGGCAUGGAGCUGCUGCAGCAUCUCAAAACCACGCCCGAGCAGCCCAAUGUCAUGAUAUCGCCUUUCAGCAUCGCUUUGGCGCUCUCCCAGUUGGCUCUUGGUGCCGUCAACGAGACCGAGGAACUGCUGAUGCAACAUCUCCAUGGCAACACCAUCACGUGCUACCACCAUGCCGUCAAUCACGUCUUGACACUGCUCCGAAACAGCGACCUGAAAAUCGGCACCCGCAUCUUCCUUCGCCAAGGCUUUAUUCCAAAGGAGGACUUCCUCGUGGAAUCCAAACGCCUGUACGACUCGGAGCCGGCCGUCCUGGAGAACCUGAAGCAGCUCAACGGCUGGGUGGAAAACGCCACCGACGGGAAGAUGAAGGACUUCCUGUCUGCGUUGCCGCCUAACAUGCUGCUCAUGCUCAUCAACGCCGUCCACUUCAAAGGUGAAUGGGAAGCUCGCUUCGACCCGCAAGCCACCACCACCGGGGCCUUCUUCCUGAACGACAAGCAGAUGGUCAACGUGGACAUCAUGGAAAAUUUCAAACAUCCUUUGAGUUUUCUUUUCGACAGUGAACUCGAGUCCCAGGUCGCAAGCUUCCCGUUUGUGAGGGGGAUGAGCUUUUUAGUAAUCAUGCCCAUGUCCGGCCACGUCAACAUUUCCUCGCUUGCUCCUAAGCUGAAUAUUUCCAGCGUUUACUCUCGUCUGCCCAAGCAAAGAGUCGUUCACGUCAAAGUCCCCAAAUUCAAGCUGGAGUACGCUCAGGAGCUGCAGGAGGUCUUCACCAAAAUGGGCCUCGGAGAGAUGUUUUCCAGCCCCAACCUAGCCGACAUGGCCGACGGGCCCUUACUGGUGUCCAGCAUCCAGCACAAAGCCGCCAUGGAGAUCAACGAGGAGGGGGCGGAGGCCUCCGCCGCCACCACCGUCGUCAUCUCACGCUCGUCCAGUCCGAUUUUCUACCUGAACCACCCCUUCCUCUUCGCCCUCGUGGAGGAGAAGACGAAAGUGCCGAUUUUUAUGGGCGUCGUCAACAACCCCAAUCCUGACGCGCAGGUCUUGCCGAGAGGAGAAAAAAAGAGUAAGGAUAAAGAUGAGGUGCAUAGUGAUAUGAAUCAAAUGGGAGGCCCUCCCAAGUAGCGACGAUCUCGUGUUCAGAUGCCACUUGGUUUAAAAAAAAAAAAAAAAAAAAGAGAGAGCAAGAGCAUUGUGAUUAUACAAAAUAAGUGUACAAUACGAGAUAGCUCGAUUAAAAUGUGAAAAAUGUCAUUCCGUGUUUCAUUUGUUUAGAUUUCCACCAUUGUGUGAAUAUCCUAUUCAAAUAUUUUUGGUGUAGAUGCAAAAUCAUAAUUACUUUUUUUUUUUCAAAUUAAAGUAUAAAAAAAUAUGUAUGCCUCAAGCGGGAGUUUUAGUUCAGAUGUCUAAAUGUAUGGCCAGUUGAAUCUCAUAUCAGCCAUUCUGUGUAAUUAUAAAAUACAUCAAAUAAAUACAAUGUGGCUGAAUU